AUGGGUGUCGAAAGAAAGAUUAUCACUCGUGGCAACGGUACUGACACCCCUGCCUCAGGUGAUAAGGUCUCUAUCCACUACACGGGUUGGCUCUACGAUGCUAAGAAGGCCAACAAGGGCUUUCAGGGCAAGCAAUUCGACAGCUCUAGAACCCCUGGACGUGGCCCUUUGAAUGUUCAGAUUGGCAUUGGACAGGUCAUCAAGGGUUGGGAUGAGGGUGUUCAGCAGAUGAGCCUGGGCGAGAAGUCCAUCUUGACUAUUUCUCCCGAUCACGCUUACGGUGACAAGGCCAAUGGCAAAAUCCCUGCCAACUCUACUCUCAUCUUUGAGGUCGAGCUCCUCAAGAUCAACAACAAGAGUGUCUAA